UUCCGACAUACCAAAUGACACUGCUGCCAAUAACCCCCCCUCCCCCCCCCCCCACACACACGCAGUGAUAUGCUGCGUGCCUCCGGCGUCCGCACUCACUCUACCACCAGCACUCACUCGGGCAAGAGCUGUCUCCUCUCUAGCAGUGCCAUGUCAGUCCACUUCUCGGAGAACACGGGCAGUACCCGCAAGUACACCUUCCGACGCAUCCAGACCUCGACCAUCCGGUUCCAGGUGAAGGCUGCUCACGAUGUGGCCAUCUGCCUCUCCUCUGACAAUGAAGAAGAACCGGAGGACAUGUACGAGAUCUUUAUCGGGUGCUGGGGCGGCGGCGAGUCCGGCAUCCGUCGUAAGAAACAUGAUGACGUCUGCAGGAUUGAGACUCCAGAUAUCGUUAGCGGCGACGAGUUCAGGACUUUCUGGAUAAAGAUUGAACGUGGCGUCAUUAAGGUGGGACGCUCCGGACAAAAACAUCCUUUCAUGUCCUACUCCGACCCCGAGACACUCCUCCACGCUACCUGGUAUGGCUUCGCGACCGGCUGGGGCGCAGAGGGCGAGUGGAUCUUCCCUGAUGACGAUGACACAUCUUCGUCGUCCUCGUCCGGACUGUCUUCCUCUGACUCGGAGGCGGAAGACAUCGACAACCUGGAGGACAGACCUAUCCAGUACAAGCGGCCAGCUCGCUGGGUUCCUGCCAAGGGUGGUUACUUCCCCCGCCACCCGGUCUCUGGAGGAGAGGGCCCUGACGGAGAGGUCUUCGUGGGAAUGGCUCAUCACGAAGGUGGCUACGUCUUGGGCAUGGUUGUUCCCGACCAUGGCUGCUGCUACAUUCCCUACGGGGGAGACGCCAUUCCCAAGUCUGAGUACUUUGUUCUGAGUAACCCAGCCAGUGUGACCCUGACCUGGGAGCCAGGCAGCAAGGGCAACGCUCCUCCGGGGGCGCUUCAGGGCGGAGUCACCGAGGAUGGCGAGAGCCUCUUCAUUGGUCGCGUCUCCGUCGACGGUGUUGUGUCUGUCGGCAAGGUUCAGCCAAGUCACGGGGUUUGCUACGUGCCCUACGGCGGGAGUGAACACGCCCACAAGGACUACGAAGUCCUUUGCGUCCGUCAUGUUCUCUGCAGAACCUAAACCAUGUCUUACACACGUCUAAACUGCGUCAACCCUUUUCCUUAAAACCAGCCAUGUCCAUAUGGCAUUUUCCUGAAAUUCAGUAAAUUCAUUCAGACACG